UCAUAAGCAAUUUCGUUUUCUAACCUUAGCUAAUAUUUAAUAUUGAUUAUAUUAUAUAAAUUGUCAUUUAUAGAAAAUACGCGGAAUUGUUGAGAACUGAUCUAUUCGACCUGUCAUUAAAAUAAGAACGUAGUUUUUAAGAAGGUUCUAUUCUAAAUUGUAUCCUGAAACAUAUGUAAUGCAAUCACUACGGUCGCUGUUUGUGCAGAACUCAAUCAUAAUGAUGCGUGGAGCCCGGAUUAUUAGUCUAAAUGGAUGGUGUCACAGGCAGCGGUCAUGGACGUCCAUUCUGCGGCGGCUAUACGUAACACAAGUGAAAUGCACAAAUCCUUUAAUUCAAAAAUGCAAUAUUACACAAACGGCUUCUGAUGGAAAUCGUGAGACCAAACCAAAGAAUAACCCGGCUUUGGAUAACAAGUCCAAUAAAAGCGCCGAGGACUUAGAUCGCGCCUACAACGUGCUGAAGAGUACGUUGCCAAAGCUGUUCGUCGAACCCCUGGAUUACUCCAUUUAUAGCCCAAAUCUAAUAUUUCAAAAUAACAUAACUGGCAAAUAUACGGUAGGUCUGUACCACUAUGUUAAGCAAAUAGCUAUUCUACGAACCGUUGGUCAUCUGAAGUAUGCGUAUGUUAAAUUUGAGAUCCUUAAAAUAACGAAACACCCGGACGAUUGUACGGUUCGGAUCAGAUGGCGAGUGAGAGGCAUAUCGGGCUUAAAAGUAAUGUUUCAAUUUUGGAAGUACAAAGUGUGGCAGCUGCAAGAGGUCCUUAAAGAUCAGGAGGCGUGGUACGAUGGAUAUUCAGUAUGCUUUCUAGGCGAAGACGGCUUAAUUGGCAAGCAUAUCGUUGACAAAAUAAUGCCAGAUGAGAGUCGCGAAAUCGUUGACAACAGUUCCGGCUCAGCGUUGCCAACUGGGUCCGUAGCGGCUACGGCGACGGCGACAGUAUCACAAAAGAUCAACUUUCAUCCUCAUGAAUAUUUAUUGUAUCCAUUACGAAAUUAAACUAAAAUAGUUGGGGCCACAUCAAAUGUGGGUCAGCAAUUACUUAAACAAAUAAAUUUUUUUUGGUUUAAAUA